GGCCGCCGAGGGCGCGCUCGGCUCCUUUAAGCUCAGGCCCCGCCCCCGACAUCUCGCCCCGCCCCGCCUCCCCCAGCGCACCGGCGCCCCGGCGGGUCGUGCGGAGGCGCGCGGCGAGAGCUGGCGGUCACCAUGGCGAUGCGGGAGCUGGUGGAGGCCGAGUGCGGGGGCGCCAACCCGCUCAUGAAGCUGGCGGGGCACUUCACCCAGGACAAGGCCCUGCGCCAGGAGGGCUUGAGACCCGGGCCCUGGCCCCCCGGGACCCCGGCCUCUGAGACGGUUUCAAAGCCUUUGGGAGUUGCCUGUGAAGAUGAGUUGGUGGCUGAAUUCCUCCAGGACCAGAAUGCACCACUUGUGUCCCGUACCCCUCAGACCUUCAAGAUGGAUGACCUCUUGGCAGAGAUGCAGGAGAUUGAACAGUCAAACUUCCGUCAGGCUCCUCAGAGAGCCCCCGGUGUGGCAGAUUUGGCCUUAUCGGAGAACUGGGCCCAAGAGUUUCUUGCAGCUGGAGAUGCUGUGGAUGUAACUCAGGAUUAUAAUGAGACUGACUGGUCCCAGGAAUUCAUCUCUGAAGUUACAGACCCUUUGUCUGUGUCCCCCGCCCGCUGGGCUGAGGAGUAUCUGGAACAGUCAGAGGAGAAGCUGUGGCUGGGAGAGCCGGAGGGGACAGCCACCGCUGAUCACUGGUAUGAUGAGUAUCACCCUGAGGAGGAUCUGCAGCACACGGCCAGUGACUUUGUGGCCAAGGUGGAUGACCCCAAACUGGCUAACUCUGAGUUCCUGAAAUUCGUGCGGCAGAUUGGCGAGGGGCAGGUGUCCCUGGAGUCCGGUGCAGGGUCUGGUCGAGCUCAGGCAGAACAGUGGGCAGCAGAGUUUAUACAGCAGCAGGGAACGUCAGAAGCCUGGGUUGACCAGUUUACAAGACCAGUGAACACAUCUGCUCUUGACAUGGAGUUUGAACGAGCCAAGUCAGCUAUAGAGUCUGAUGUCGAUUUCUGGGACAAGUUGCAGGCAGAGCUGGAGGAGAUGGCGAAACGGGACGCUGAGGUGCACCCCUGGCUUUCAGACUAUGAUGACCUCACAUCCACAUCCUAUGACAAGGGCUACCAGUUUGAAGAGGAGAACCCCCUGCGUGACCACCCCCAGGCUUUUGAGGAAGGAAUGCGGCGACUCCAGGAAGGAGACUUGCCAAAUGCCGUGCUGUUGUUUGAGGCAGCCGUGCAGCAGGACCCCCAGCACAUGGAGGCUUGGCAGUAUCUGGGCACUACACAGGCAGAGAAUGAACAGGAACUGUUAGCCAUCAGCGCAUUGCGGAAGUGUCUGGAGCUAAAGCCAGAUAACUGCACGGCACUGAUGGCACUGGCUGUGAGCUUCACCAACGAGUCCCUGCAGCGCCAGGCUUGCGACACCCUGAGGGACUGGCUGCGCUACACACCCGCCUAUGCCCACCUUGUGGUACCUACUGAAGAAGGGGCGGGCCUAGGCCCUAGCAAGCGCCUCCUGGGGUCUCUGCUGUUGGACUCCCAGUUUCUUGAGGUGAAAGAGCUCUUCCUGGCAGCUGUACGCCUGGACCCCUCAUCCAUCGACCCGGAUGUGCAGUGUGGCCUGGGCGUCCUCUUCAACCUGAGUGGGGAGUACGACAAGGCCGUGGACUGUUUCACGGCUGCCCUCAGUGUCCGUCCCAAUGACUAUCUGCUGUGGAAUAAGCUCGGGGCCACCCUGGCCAACGGAAACCAGAGUGAAGAGGCUGUGGCUGCAUACCGCCGGGCCCUGGAGCUGCAGCCUGGCUACAUCCGGUCCCGCUAUAACUUGGGUAUCAGCUGCAUCAACCUUGGGGCUCACCGGGAAGCUGUGGAACACUUUCUGGAGGCCCUGAACAUGCAGAGGAAAAGCCGGGGCCCUCGGGGUGAAGGGGGCGCCAUGUCAGAGAACAUCUGGAGCACCCUGCGCUUGGCCUUGUCCAUGUUAGGUCAGAGUGAUGCUUAUGGGGCAGCAGAUGCCCGGGACCUGCCUGCCCUGCUCAGCAUGUUCGGCCUGCCCCAGUGACAGUGGGACGGGCUGCCCUGUGAGUGUCCGCCUGGAGGGGUCCCCGCCUCGGAUGUGACUCCCUCUCCCCCAAAUGGGUCUGCUGCCAAGGGGGUGGGCUGAUGACCACAAGCAUGCGGCCUCUCGGGGGCGGCCUCCAUGUGGCACCUGGCCAUCUGUGUCCUAGUUCCUACAGAAUCGUUGGAAAACCAGCUGCGUCGUCCCAUAGCCCCUCAGUAAUUCAAGGGCAGUGCACCUAGCUACCAAUUUCUCUGCUCAGUUGUGCCCUUUAUUGGUGCUGCUUUUUGAGUAGGACCCAAAGAUGGGGGGGUAACUGUCGGCCUCAGCUGCCAUUUCUGAUAGGGUCCAUUACAUUUGUAAUGUCUGUCCUGCCUUCCACUGGGCACCCCUGUGAAGAGCUUACCCAAAGGAGGUGGGGGGGCUGCUAGGAGUUUCCCUGUUUAGUUUCACUGCUGGUCUCACUCAGGAGAGCUGAGUUUUGAUCGGGGUGUUCAGCGUUCUGCCACUCUGGGGCUCCUGGCCACUGCCACUCGGGUCCCUAGAGUCAGAUGCCACAUGUAGCAGUGCUGGCCUCAUGACCGAAGAGCCUCAGGAACAGCUGGGACACUUGCCACACAGAGGGUUGGUUUGGGAUGCGGUAGGAUGGAGGCUUGCUUGUGGAAUGAGUCUGCACAGGACCAGACCCGGGGCUCUGUUCUCCUUGGCAGGAGGACAGAGCAAGAGGCAGAGGGGUAAGGUAAGCACACCCAGCCCUCCUCCUCUUAGAAAGACCUGCGAGUAGAGAUUGAGCCGAGUCUUGCAGACAAAGUCCAGGAGUUGUAAUGUUGCCAUAUUCCUAGCAGAAGCCUUGCUGUAUUUCUUGGAAUGUCUCUAGAGGAGUGUUGAAAGUCCGUACCCUACCCCCGCCCCUGCACCCACAAAGCCUCUACCAGGUGAAGAUGGAGGGAAGAUGAGGGGCAACUUGGGUUCCUCUGUGAGGGGAGAUGUACUUGCCUCCAGAAAUGACCAUGGAGCCUCCCUUUUGCCUUGUCUUCAGUAGCUGAUGAUCAGAGGUUUUUUUUAAUUACCAUGGUCCCAAAGUUCCAUCCUGAAAUUUAUUUUUCUUUGUAUGAAAAUGUGUAAAUGAUUUAAAAAUAAAAUUGUAAAGUAUUUGUAUGAAGAAUAAAUGGAGCUGACAUGUGUAAGA